GCCCAAUGUUAUCCUGAAAAUGAUUCAGAAUCGCUCAACUGAAAUCUCAUAAACCCUAAAACCCCAAAUCGAAAUCUGCAAACGAAGAAGAUGAUUCGAAGAAGAAUCUCUUCGAUCAUUUCAACAUCUCUCAUCAAUUCAUCGAUUCACCACACCUCCAAACCCAGAUUCGUCACCUCUUCGCCGCUUCUCCAAUGCCGUCGAUCUCCGAUCGUUACUCAGACUCCUACACUGGCGAGCAGAGUUUCGGCGUUUCAGGGGAUUAGGGCGUACAGUUUACUGAGCUUGAACGAUCUGAGAGACAAUGUGCCGAGGAAGCUCAAGACGAGGAAAGGAAGAGGUAUUGGGUCGGGUAAAGGUAAAACUGCGGGAAGAGGUCACAAGGGGCAGAAGGCGAGAGGGACGAUGAAGUUUGGUUUCGAAGGUGGCCAGACUCCUUUACGACGUCGUUUACCUAAACGUGGCUUCAAGAACAAGUUUAAGCUUCAUUUUCAGCCUGUUGGUCUUGGAAAGAUCGCUAAACUCAUAAACGCUGGGCAGAUUGAUUCCCACGAGUUGAUCACUAUGAAGACGCUCAAGGAUGUGGGAGCCAUAGGGAAGCAAAUAGAAGACGGAGUAAGACUAAUGGGUCGUGGUGCUGAUGAGAUUAAAUGGCCACUUCAUUUUGAGGUUUCGAGAGUGACUGUUAGGGCCAAAGAAGUGGUGGAAGCAGCAGGAGGAUCAGUGAGGAGGGUGUAUUACAACAAACUGGGCUUGAGGGCAUUGCUUAAACCGGAAUGGUUUGAGAAGAAAGGAAGGCUAUUGCCAAAAGCGGCGAGACCACCUCCUAAACAACAAGAUAGGGUCGAUAGCAUCGGACGUCUUCCCGCUCCGAACAAACCCAUCCCGUUUUUUUCAGCUGAGGAAAACAAAGUUGAGUCUCCUGUUGAAUCAUGAUUUUCUGUUAAGUUCUUAACGUUUAGUGUCUCAUUUUGAGUUCUUUGUGUCUUUCUUGGUCAUGCUCUUACAAGAAAAAUUGAGCAUAGCGGAUUUCUGUUGGACCAAAUAAUGUCAGUGUCGUUUAAAAAAUUACUUGGUCAUAAGCU